ACUCCAACUGCAGCUAUGAGUUCAGACGAGAAGGGCAUAUCCCCUGCUCAUAAAACAUCCACUCCAACCCAUAGAAGUGCCUCCUCUUCGACAUCCUCCCAAAGAGAGAGUAGACAGGGUUCCCACGUACUGGAGAGGACUGCUUCCUCCGGCACCGAGGCCUCCGUAAGUCGGCAAUUCCUGGAACCGGAGCCAGUCCCCGUCUCCAAGGAAGCUGACAGCUGGGAAAUUAUAGAAGGGUUGAAAAUAGGCCAAACCAAUGUCCAGAGACCAGACAAACAUGAAGGCUUUAUGCUGAAGAAAAGAAAAUGGCCUUUAAAAGGCUGGCACAAGCGUUUUUUUGUCCUGGAUAAUGGAAUGUUAAAGUAUUCAAAGGCACCACUUGAUAUUCAAAAAGGGAAGGUCCACGGAAGCAUCGAUGUCGGACUCUCGGUCAUGUCCAUUAAAAAGAAAGCUCGGAGGAUAGACCUGGACACAGAAGAGCACAUCUAUCAUUUGAAGGUGAAAUCCCAGGACUGGUUUGAUGCAUGGGUCUCCAAACUGCGCCACCAUCGCCUGUACCGGCAGAAUGAGAUUGUGAGGUCACCAAGAGAUGCCAGUUUUCAUAUAUUUCCUUCAACCUCCACAGCUGAAUCCUCGCCAGCUGCUAAUGUUUCUGUCAUGGAUGGAAAGGUGCAACCAAACAGCUGUUCAUGGCAGUCCCCCUUGCCAUGCAGCAACAGCCUCCCUGCCACCUGCACCACCGGCCAGAGUAAAGUGGCAGCCUGGUUACAAGACUCGGAAGAAAUGGACAGGUGUGCAGAAGACCUUGCACACUGCCAGUCAAACCUUGUGGAACUUAGCAAACUCCUGCAAAAUUUGGAAAUACUUCAGAGAACUCAGUCAGCACCCAACUUUACUGACAUGCAGGCUAACUGUGUAGAUAUUUCAAAGAAAGACAAGCGGGUCACAAGAAGAUGGAGAACAAAAAGUGUCAGCAAAGAUACAAAAAUACAACUGCAGGAAGGGCCAUCUGUGAAGAGCCAGUUCGGCUCAACCCGGCGCCGGCAGAGGCUAGCAGCAGCAGUGGCUACAACAGUUCCUUUCAGUGCCACCAUGUCACCGGUUCGCUUGCACUCCUCCAACCCCAACCUUUGUGCAGACAUUGAAUUUCAGACUCCCCCUAGCCACCUCACUGACCCUCUGGAAAGUUCGACAGAUUAUACAAAACUUCAAGAAGAAUUCUGUCUAAUUGCACAGAAAGUUCAUUCCCUUUUGAAGUCUGCAUUUAAUAGCAUAGCUAUAGAGAAGGAGAAGCUUAAGCAGAUGGUUUCUGAGCAGGAUCACAAUAAAGGCCACAGCACACAGAUGGCACGACUCCGACAGUCACUGUCUCAGGCACUCAACCAGAAUGCUGAACUAAGGAGUCGGUUGAGCAGAAUACACUCAGAAUCUAUUAUUUGUGAUCAGGUUGUCAGUGUAAAUAUUAUUCCUAGCCCUGAUGAGGCUGGUGAGCAAAUCCAUGUCAGUCUCCCUCUGUCACAGCAAGUAGCAAAUGAGAGCCGCCUCUCCAUGUCAGAAUCUGUCUCUGAGUUCUUUGAUGCCCAAGAGGUGCUCCUCUCUGCAAGCUCGUCAGAGAAUGAGGCUUCAGAUGAUGAGUCUUACAUCAGUGAUGUGAGUGAUAAUAUAUCGGAAGACAACACCAGUGUUGCGGACAACAUUUCUCGGCAAAUCUUGAAUGGGGAGCUUACAGGAGGAGCCUUCCGGAACGGACGCCGCACAUGCCUGCCAGCUCCCUGUCCUGACACCAGUAACAUUAACCUGUGGAAUAUCUUGAGGAACAACAUUGGUAAAGACCUAUCUAAAGUGUCUAUGCCUGUGGAGCUAAACGAGCCGCUCAACACUCUGCAGCACCUCUGCGAGGAAAUGGAGUACAGUGAGCUCCUGGACAAGGCUUCGGAAACCGACGACCCCUAUGAACGCAUGGUUCUUAUUGCUGCAUUUGCAGUUUCAGGAUAUUGCUCUACCUAUUUCAGAGCAGGAAGUAAGCCAUUCAACCCUGUCCUUGGGGAGACUUAUGAAUGCAUUAGAGAGGACAAGGGAUUCCGCUUUUUCUCAGAACAGGUUAGCCAUCAUCCACCCAUUUCUGCCUGUCACUGUGAAUCCAAGAAUUUUGUGUUUUGGCAAGAUAUCAGAUGGAAGAACAAGUUCUGGGGGAAGUCGAUGGAAAUCCUGCCUGUGGGAACGCUGAAUGUCAUGCUUCCAAAGUAUGGAGAUUGCUAUGUGUGGAAUAAAGUCACCACGUGCAUACACAACAUUCUCAGUGGGCGGAGGUGGAUAGAGCACUAUGGAGAAGUAACCAUUAGAAAUACCAAAAGCAGUGUUUGCAUUUGCAAACUCACAUUUGUCAAGGUGAAUUAUUGGAAUUCUAAUGUGAAUGAAGUCCAGGGGGUUGUGAUGGAUCAGGAGGGGAAGGUGGUGCACCGGCUGUUUGGGAAAUGGCAUGAGGGGCUCUACUGUGGCGUGGCCCCUUCUGCAAAGUGCGUCUGGAGACCAGGUUCCUUGCCAACCAACUAUGAGCUCUACUAUGGCUUCACAAGGUUUGCUAUUGAGCUCAACGAGUUAGACCCUGUGCUGAAAGACCUCCUCCCACCGACAGAUGCCCGGUUCCGGCCGGAUCAGAGAUUUUUGGAAGAAGGAAAUCUAGAAGCUGCAGCAGCCGAGAAGCAAAGGGUGGAGGAACUCCAGAGGUCUCGAAGGCGCUACAUGGAAGAAAACAACCUUGAACAUAUACCAAAAUUUUUUAAGAAAGUGAUUGAUGCCAAUCAAAGAGAAGCCUGGGUUUCUAACGACACCUAUUGGGAGCUGCGAAAGGACCCUGGGUUUAGCAAAGUAGACAGCCCUGUUCUUUGGUAACCUGGGAAUGUAGAGCUAGCCAACAUAUCCCGCUCUGAAUGAAUUACUAACUAUGCACAAUUAUGUUUCUUAGAGCUCUGCGUGGUUUCUGGGUCGACUGAGCGCCGGCCAUUUGCUUUUUUAUUCAUCUUUAUAAUGGACUUUCAGAAGUGCAUUAGACAAAGCCCCUAACCACGUUUGGAUCCUUUCUGUUUUGCUGCAACCAUAUUCCUUAAAAAAAAAAAUUU